CAUCCACCAAGUUCCCACUGUUCCACGUGGACUUUACGGAGUUAUGUGACUUAUGUCCCUAGACGCUCGACAAAGGAAACAGUGGACAUUUCAAGAGGGGACCGCAGUAGUCGGCAUGUCAUGGAAUUGUGGUGCAUGACAUGCAAUUGGCCCGCGCUCAAGUGCCAGAAUUUCGCUAUGCCGUUCCUGGCUCGCAUCGAGACGGAUAUCGCAUGCCACUGUACCCUGAGGUGAUGACUGAAGUGGGUUUUCCUUUCCUUCCUAGGUACAUCACCUGAUACGGAAUCUGCCUUGUGUAUAUAUAAACUGUCAAGAUAGGUGCUGCCCGGACACCUGAAGUUCGGUGCGUUCAAGCAAUCAAUACUCUUGCGGAUAUCCUCACUGAAAGUUCACUGUAUUUCGGCCGAGAUCAAUUACCCCGCCUCUUGAGAACUCUAGCAAUCAUGGCUUUCCCCUACAAGCAUGUCGUGUUAAUCGGAGGCACGGCCGGCAUUGGAAAGGCGAUGGGAGAUCGUCUGAUUGAGUCCGGCGUCAAGGUCACAGUAGUUGGGCGAAGACAGGAUCGGCUGGAUGAUUUCGUGAGAAGACACGGCGAGAACAAGGCCAGCGCUGUCGCUUUCGACAUUGGCAAUCUGGACAAGAUCCCAGAGUUCGCUGCUCAAAUCACGAAAUCAUAUCCUGAUGUUGAUUGUAUCUUCCUCAACGCAGGGCUUCAACGUGCCCACAAAUUCUCCGAGCCAGAAACAGUCGAUCUCCAAGCGUUCAACUUGGAGAUGCAUGUCAACUUCACAAGUUUCGUAGCCCUUACGCAUGCUUUCAUCCCAUUCUUAAAGAGCAAGGAGACCCAAACAAGUCUCAUAUACACAACCUCCAACCUUGCGAUUGUUCCAGCAGCCCCCGUACCUGCAUACUCUGCUUCCAAAGCAGCGCUGAACGCUUUCAUCCUCUGUCUCCGUGAGCAGUUGCAAGCUACCACCAAUAUCAAAGUGAUCGAGGUUCUACCUCCAGCAGUCCAGACGGAGCUGCACGACUACUUGGGAGUCGAGCACGGCCGGAACAUUGGUAUGCCGCUGGAUGUCUUCACGAACGAAGCAUACCAAGGCCUUGUUGAUGGCCGUGAUCAAAUCAUAAUUGGCUCCAUAGGACCAGUAGAGACCGUCAAGGAGAUUGCUGAGAAGCGGAGGGUUGCGGUUACAGAGAUUGCCAAGAUGAUGCGGCAACUCGGGUCAGGUUAAGAUGUCAGUCAAUUUGAAUGUAGCGCAGUAGUUGAGAGCAAAUUGUAGCAGAAUGCACAAAAUUGCAGAUUCCAGAG